UGCAUCUAAAUCAACAAAUGAAAUCAGGCAACCAAAUAAUCUUAAUACCCCACGCGUCAUUGUCACUCCCUUUUCAUUUGAGCACAACUAGACACUAGACACCCAAAGAUCCAAAGUGAAAGAGAAAUAGACGACGGAGGGUGAGAAUGACGAAACCUGUAAGUAAAGAUGGCCGCUGUGGAAAAAGUAGGGACUUCUUUUAACUUUCUCCGUUCUUCCAGCUCUAAAGACUCUGUCUUGGUUGUUGGUGAUGGGAAUUUUUCUUUUUCAUUAUGCUUGGCUUUGCACUGUGAACAAAUUAAAUCAAGCACGCAGCUAGUGUUAACUUCCUUUGAUGAUAGAGAGACGCUGAUUCAAGAUGAAUUGACGAGAAUAAAUAUAAAUAGAUUGGAAAAAUUUAGAAACGUUCGGAUUUUUCAUGACAUUGAUGCUACUUUGCUUUCAAGAAAUUUACCUGGGCUUCAAUUUGGUAGGGUUAUAUUUAACUUUCCACAUACAGGAGGCAAAUCAAACAUUAAAAGUUGUCGUAAACUGUUGGAAGAUUUCUUUUUGAGUGCUAUGAAGAAACUCAAGUCAAGCGAUAGUGACAUAUGUGUGACAUUAUGUAAAGGUCAGGGUGGUACACCUGGUGAUGAACCACAAAGAUUACAUGGAAACUCCUGGCAGAUUGUUUACAAUGCUGCAAAAGCUGGUUUGAUGCUUGAUCAACUUGAACCCUUUGUCAGUUUGGAUUUUACUCACUACAAAAGUGUUGGAUACAGAGGAAGACUCAGCAAAGGGUUUUGCACAAAAGGUGGUUUGAUUCACAUUUUUAUUAGAGGACAAAAACUUUGUGCAAUAGAUGACAUCAGAGAAAAACAACGAGAUGUACUUCUGUUGUAUGUGUACGAGAAGUUAGCUAAGCUGUCGAGCACACUGACACACAGCAAUACACCAGUUCAUCCUUAUUAUCAUACAAAGAAAAAAAUUUUGGAAAUAGCUGUUAGUGUUACACAAACAAUGUUUGAAGAAAUAAGAACAAACAAAUAUUGCGAAGAAAUGCCACCAAAUUCAGCUUCUAAUAGAGAUAAUUUGUCAUCUUUUGAAUGCAAAAGCACAAUUUUAUCAGCAAUGAAAUUAAAGACGUCAUUUUCACUGACAGCGACAGCUUUAAAUGUCCUUGAAGAAAUAACUUGUGAUUCAAAUAUUUACACAAAAUAUCUAUUCAUAUGUAAGUUUUACAAUCAUGAAGAUGUCACUGUCAUGAAAAAACAAAAAGAGGAAGUUGUGAAGAGAAUAAAAAACGUAUUUUCAAGGAGGGACAAAUAUUUGGAAGAAUUUGCAGCCAACGAAUUGCUUUAUGAAAAAUGUGACUUGAUUGUUCAAAAUUGGAUCAAUAGCUCAGACGUUGCUCAUAAGUCAAAGAGGAAAUAUCAUAUGAAAAAUGGACUUGACAUUGAGAGAAUGCAUCACAAAUCAUCAUGCUCGUGUAGAAAGCUCUGUGAACACUAUCUUGAUGAGCCAUCUUGUACUUCUUACAAAACGGGUGAAUUGCCACUGGAGCUACUUGAUAAGUUGUCGUUACUUGGUCUUAAACUUCAUCGUCAUCUUUUUCUUGUUAGUGGAUUUCUUACGCAAGAAGUCCUGACGUCUUCAGGGAACAAUUUAGGCUGGCUUAUUAUUGUAAAUUUAGAUAUUGGAGCAAUCCUACUGAACAACUUAACCGACAUUCGACUUCUCAGCUCACCUAACAUAAACUGGAUAAAACUGCCUCCUGUUGAAGCCUCAAUAGAAGAUGUGAAUGGUAAUCUUGCUCCACUUCCAAGAAACCUCCAUCCCCCUGAAUACAUUCACGAUAUUAGUUUUUGGAUAUGCGACUCAAUAUCCCAAACGUUAUUUCUCAUCAGUGCAGUUGCAUUAUCUGAGAAUUGUCUUCGUAGUGUAAAAAUGAUUGAAAUAUAUCACGAUGAGGAGGGACAUCGCGUAAGUUUUAACUAUCGAAUGACUUAUUCUCGAAGUGAUGGACCACUUAGCCAUCUAGAAGCGGUUGAAUUACAAAACAGAUUGCGUCGUGCAUUAAUUGUGCUAGGGUUUGGACUUAAAUAACUAUUUAUAUUACAACGAUUCUCUUUGUUUGAUGUUA